GUAUUCAGGAAGGGGUGGUGGUGGUGUUGAUGUCAGCAUGGACGAAACGCAAUCGAGAGUCAGCUUUCUGGAUACUCAAUCGGGAUGACAGCUGAGCCCACCGAGUGUUGACUAUUGAUGACCAACGCAUGAGUGCGCACAGGGCAGGAGAGGUUAGAAAGCGACAUAUUCUUCCUCUACGACUGUGGGAGAGAUACAACCGCGCACCCCGAAUAAUGACAGAGAUUUUCACAGACUCGAAAUUGCCCUGUUGGGAAAACUGACGCCCCUAACAUCACGAAGGAUAGCGAAAGUUCUAGCGUGGACGGCAAAAAACUACGUGGUGGUUGGAGACCUUUCCUCUCUCAGGCACAGGUGAUGUGUAAAGAUGGAGGUUGGCUCGGUGGUGCGUGCAGUGUUUGAGUUCCUGCCCAGCGUGUCGGAGGAGCUGCCGCUGUUCGUUGGCGACGUCAUCGAGGUUCAGAGUGUAGUGGACGAGUUCUGGCUGCUCGGCAAGAAGGACGGAGUCACAGGCCAGUUUCCCAGCACGUUUGUGGAGUCGGUCACCAUCCCGAGUACCAAGCCUGGGGAUGAGCUGCUGGUGUGUAUCAACGACUUCAGCUCUGCAGAGCACGGCAACCUCAACCUGAAGAGAGGUGAUGUGGUGGUGUUGGAGGGUCAUGUGAACGGGGCGUGGGGUCGGGGUCGGGAUGCUUGGGGGGCCCGCGGCCUCUUCCCCGCCUCCUGCAUGAAGGAGCUGCACCUGUCUGGCCUCUCACGACGACUACAGGCCGCACAUGCCGCCACACAGGCGACCGACCUGCCUCCCCAUGCGUUGGGCAUGGCGCGGGCCCUGAUGAGCCUCCAUGCCCAGAUGGACGAGGAGCUGGACUUCCGGGAGGGUGACCUCAUCACCAUCGUGGGGCUGCCGGAGCCCGGCUGGUUCCUCGGAGAGCUGAACGGGCGCUCCGGAACGUUCCCCGAGGGCUUCGUGGAGCUGCUCGCCCCGCUGCGGACGCUACAAGAUGGCGGCGACAGCGGACAGGCGUACGAGUAUUACCACGGCAACAAGAUGCAUCGAAGAGAAGUGGAGGAUGAGGAAGAGGAGGAGGAAGAAGAGGAAGAGAGGAUAGAGGAAUGCGACGAAGAGGAACAGGAGAGAGAAGAGCAGCAAGGAGUUGGAGGAGGUGGAGGAGAAGAGGAGGAGGAGGAGGAGGAGGAGGAGGACGAGGAAGGAGGUGUGUAUGGCGUAGCACUUUACGAGUUCCGGGCGCUGGAGCCCGGCGAGCUGGACUUUGACGUGGGCGACCGGAUACGCGUCGUGGCGACGCUGGACGAUGGCUGGCUGGAGGGGGACCUCCGCGGCCGCAGGGGAAUAUUCCCCCAUCGCUUCGUCAAGCUGGACCAGCCCACCCCCGAUCCCGACCAGACCACCACCCCCGUCUCCACGGAGUCUCCAAACGUCACCCACACCAUGCACAUCGAGGUCGUGGACAAGUACGCAACCGAGUACGACUCGACGGGUCAGCAGGACCAGCAUGCUUUGCAGCAGGAGCAGAGUGGUGGUGUUGAGGCUUGGGAGCCCGUUCAGGAGGACCACACCGUGUGGGAUCUGGACUACUUCGAGCGGCGAGAGGAAGAGAGUAACAAAUGGAUGGAGGACGGCACAAACAAUAACGCUUACAACAACACAUCCACCCCAACCACUCGCACAUCCUCCACAACCACAACAAGAGACAGAGGCAGUAGCCCAUCGACCACCACAACCACCCAUUAUCGGCCACCGAUAGAGAAACCUCCCAGAACGAGGCCCCCACCCCCAGCGUUUGGACCCAAUCGCGGGGCCCACAGAACAGUGCAGAGGACCAGCUCUGGAAGUCCCACGCCUCCCAGGCCCCAGCUACCCCCCAGGCCCAGCCAGCAAGCACUGAGCCAGAGCAGGCAGCAUAGCCUUCUCAACCACCACUCCACUCACCAUCACAGUGGUGGAGGCCCCUUCUCGCACUCCACGCCCGCUUCUAGAACCUCCCGUCUGGGCGGAAUCCUCAGCCGCAUUCCGUCUGGUGGUUCCGGUCACCACAACAACCAUCACCACGGGAGACCAUCAGUGCAACAGAACCACCACAGCAGCAGCAGCAGCGGCGGCAAGAUUCCGUUCCCAAGAGGUUCCUUUGCGUUCAGCUCCAGCGGGCCGGCGAGAGGCAAACCCAGGAGGCAGGUGGCCCGGCACGCCAGCGCCAGCGAGGCGGACAGGGACAGGGAGACACGCGGCGAGCGCUGGACCAACCUGUGGUCCAAACAGACCCAGCAGAACCAACACCAGCACAACGAACAGCACCAGCUGUUCCAGCAGCAGCAGCAUCCUCACGCCCUGACCCAGUCGCAGUCGCAUUCGGAGAUCCAGGCGGCAUCGUCGUCUGAGGGUUGCGGCUCCAACGGCCUCAUGCCCGGUUCCCACAGCUUCGACCUCCUGACCUCCUCCCCAGCAGACCUGGAGGCCAGGCUCUCACAACAACAGCUGCUGGAGUUCGACCCCUGCCUCCUGCCAGGUACUGGAGGUGGUAUGUCGGCAGAGGAGGACCCAGGUGAUCCACUUGACCCAGGUGACCCCUGGUCGUCGCAGGUGUCGCGUCACUUCUCCAUCACGGACUUCAGCUCCGAGACCGACAUCCUCCGCGGAGGCUCCUCCUCUAGCUCCUCCCACUCCCCCUUAGACCGCCUCCUCCUGCCCCAAGGUCCCUCCUCUUCCUCCUCCUCCCCUUCAGGCUCUGCCUACUCCUCCUUGGAGCGCCGUAAGAGUCUCCGCCCACCCCCUCCCAGACCUCGCCUACAGCGCCCUCCCGCCCCUCCCCCCGGCGUCCCCUCUAAUGGGCGCGCACCUCCCCCACCCCCGCUGCGACCCGCCCGGCCUGCCCCCAGACCCCCACCUCCUGUCCCGGGGAGCAUGCGUCCCCCCGCCCCGCCAGCCAACCCCUUCUUCACCCCAGAGGAGGAGGAGCAGGAGGAGGAAGAAGAGGAGGUGCAGGCCCACCAGCGCCACCAGCAGGCCCUGGAGGACAUGGGUCUCACUGAGGAGCAGCUUCUCAUCAUACCAAUGGACAAUGGGCACCAGGAGGAGUUGCUGGAAGAGGAGCUGCUGGAGAGGGAUGCGCGGGAGAGAGAGGAGGAGCAGGAGAGGUACCGGCUCCUGCUCCGGCUGCAGGAGGUGGAGAGGGACAUCGAGGAGUACUCCCACACGGCCCAGGAGCUGAGCGCCAUGCUGGAGGACGAGGAGGAGGAGGAGGAGGCGCGGAUACAGGCCAUGGAGAACCUGGAGUUCAUCAACUACACUGUGGAGACACUCACGCUGGAACAGCAACAGCUACAAGAGAUGACGCUGCUGUCCCCCUCCCAGCCCAAGUCGCUGGACGCGGCGCCGGCCUCCGCAUCGCCGGGGGCGACCACCGAGGACCCCGAGCAGAGCCUGCUAACGCAAACGCUAACCCAGAGGAUGCUGGAGAAAAGGUCGAAGGUCAUCGAGGAGCUCCUGCAGACGGAGAAGGACUACAUCAGAGACCUGCAGAUGUGUAGAGAAGAGAUCAUCACACCUCUCAAGCAGAAACAGGUGCAGAACGUGGACUAUGAUGGUCUGUUUGGGAAUAUCGACUCGGUCAUCACCCUCUCCCGCCAGCUCUACAAAGCUCUCUCUGAUUCAGAUUCAAUUGGUAAAGUGUUUGUGGAGUUCAAGGGUGAGCUGGAGGAGGUCUACAAGAUCUACUGCCAGAACCAUGACGACGCCAUCUCCCUCCUGGAGACCUAUGAGAAGGACGAGAACAUUCAGAAGCACGUUCUGGAAUGUUUGGAGAAGCUCAGAGCGAUUUAUCGUGAAUGGGGUAAGACUAACUACAUCAACUUGGGUUCCUUCCUGAUUAAGCCGGUGCAGCGUGUAAUGCGCUACCCGCUCCUGCUGAUGGAGCUGCUGAGCGCCACGCCCGAGUCCCACCACGACCGGCCACAGCUGAGCGAGGCGGUGCAGGCCAUCAAGGAGAUCAACGUCAACAUCAACGAGUACAAGAGACGCAAGGACCUGGUGGUGAAGUACCGCAAGGGCGACGAGGACACGCUGAUGGAGAAGAUCUCCAAGCUCAGCAUGCACUCCAUCAUCAAGAAGUCCAACCGCGUCAGCAGCCACCUCAAACACCUGACCGGCAUAUCGCCACAGAUUAAGGAUGAGGCGUUUGACGAGGCUGAGAAGCGUUUCAGGUUACAGGAGCGUCUCAUCAAGUCCUUCAUUCGGGACAUCUCACUCUACCUGCAGCACAUCAGGGAGUCUGCGUCGGUGAAGGUGCUGGCUGCCAUCAGCUUCUGUGACAUCUACACGGACCGCAGUCACCAGGACCCUGAGCGCUUCCAGAGGGCACACCGCUGCAUCAGCGACAAACAGUUCACCGAUUUUAAGGAGCGUACAGAGACGUUGGUCAUCCAGCCUCUUAUCCAGCUGCUGUCCAUGUUCGCCGGCCCCCACAAGCUCAUCCAGAAACGCUUCGACAAACUGCUCGACUACGAUAACUGCAAGGAGCGUUCGGAGCGUCUUCGUGAGCGGCGUGCUCAGGAGGAGCUGCAGGCGGCGCGCAACAACUACGAGGCGCUCAACGCUCAGCUGCUGGACGAGCUUCCCAAGUUCCACCGCGCCGCAGAGGACCUCUUCACCGGCUGCGUACGCGCCUUUGCACAGAACCAGCGGGACUUCAUGAAGCUGACGCUCGGGGAACUGCAGCCACUACUACAGCUGUCGGGCAUCUGUGGGACAGAGGGCAACCUGAUCGCGCUGUUCCAGGAGGAGCACAGUCGCGUCACGCAGCUGCUGCAGAGCUUCAGCUUCUUCCCCGAGAACAUGAACAUGCCGCCCGCGCGCAGCAGCAAGCCCUUCGAGAAGAAGACCCUCGAGAAGCAGACCUCCAAGAAGCAACUGCAGGGCCCGCCUAACUACGUUCUGCAGACGGAUGAGCACAAGACGGGCCUGCUAGCACGCUACGCCCCUGACAAGCUCUUCCAGGCGGAGAGGAACUUCAACGCGGCUCAGGACCUGGACGUGUCCGUGCUGGAGGGAGACCUGGUGGGCGUCAUCAAACAGCAGGACCCAAUGGGAAGCCAGAACCGCUGGCUGAUUGACAACGGAGUCACCAAGGGCUUUGUGUACAGCUCUUUCCUGAAGCCUUACAACCCGCGCCGCAGCCAAUCAGACGUCUCCAUCGAGAGCCAGUCGUCUAACGAGUCGGGCUACGGAGGCUCCUCGCCCGUCUUUUCCCGCCAAAACAGCAACAGCACGCUCACCUUCAACCAGGAAACGGCCGCCGUCUCCUUUUCUACCAGCCAAUCACAUGCUCGCCCCUCCACCAAUCAGAAAGACCCGUCUCUGGACUCCUCCUCCUCCUCUUCCUCCCACAGGGGCUCGGCCAAUCACAGAGAACUCUCGGGAGAUGUGUCUGCCUAUCGUAACGCAGCCGGUCUUGGCAACCAUGGUAACCACAGAGACUGCUCCUACUCGUCCUCCGAGUCCUCCUCCACCUCCUACCGCAUCGGCACAACAACCAGCGCAGGGGUUGGAGUCCGGGACUCCUCCAACUCCACUCCGACCAAUCAGAGGGAGUUCUUGGAGGACUCCUCGGAGACGGACUCCUGCUCGUCCGGACGCAACCCCACCUGGCUGGAGACGACGGCGCACAAGUACGGCAGCAACCAGUCACGCGCGGCCUUCAGCGUGCACCAGAAGCGGAACAGGGAGGCGGGGUCAGGGGCCGCGCCCCACAGGAGACCUCCGCACCCCCAGGAGGAGUACAGCGAACCGGAGGUGGAGGCCGAUCCCGACCCCGACCCCGAUCUAGACGGACACCAGAUCUACUACGCCCUGUACCCCUUCAGUGCCCGCUGUGCCAACGAGCUGAGUAUUUCGGCCAAUCAGCGCGUCCGAAUCCUGGAGUUCCACGACAUGACAGGGAACAGCGAAUGGUGGCUCGGCGAGGCCGGGGGUCGCCGUGGUUACGUACCAUCCAACUACAUCCGGAAGUCCGAGUACACCUGAACAGGACUCUAAAUUAACCCCAGCCCACCGGCCAAAUGCUGGUGAAAUUUCAGUUUGGCUGGUAGAAAAGAGACCAACUUACCAGCCACUUUGCCCCAUUAGAGAGUGUGUGUUUGGCUGGUAAGAUUAGCAUGCUAGCCAUUUUGGCUGGUGACGAAAAAAAGUAAUUGAGGGGCCCUGCACCAGGCCCCACCCCCUCCACUCGACAACCCCCCCGCCCAAACCCCCAGCCCAUCUUCCAUCCUUAACUCACCCCAGCGCAUCCAAAUCCCAGAUGUGCUGUCGAAAGCACCUCAGACCGCAUGGAUUGUUGUGAGAUGCACACCCGAAACUCAAACGUGCUCUCAGAGCGUGUCAGAUUGACGUAACAAGAUGAUGAUGAUGAUGAUGAUGGUGAUGAAAACCACACUCCUCUCCUCUUCUCUCCUCUCCUCCACACACUCCAAAGUCCCAUGGACUACCGGGGGUAUGCCCAGCCCCUGCUCGGGUGCAAUGUUUGGGUUGAGGGUGGUGGAGGCGGAGGUGGUGGGCCUGGUUCUCUGCAAGGAAACCACUUUGGGAGGUCUAUAGACAUGAGAGGACAUUGCCUACUCUCCAGCCUACACAGACACUUAAAUGACCCUCAAAGAAGCGACGGUUGGACUACGGUGGUGCCUUAUUUUUUUAAUUCUGACUUUUGACUUUUUUUUUAAGUCCCCGUCUUUGAUUGAAAGUGACGGUGUAGAGAAGUCUUACAUGCUGGAGUGACUAGUGAAGCAAAGGAAAGAGGCAGUCUGGAGCGGGGAAAUGAGAACUAAAAUAUCUUGGUGAAAUUUCUAUAUAUAUAUAAAUUCGUAUAUACAAGCUGCUGGUGCACUUUGCCGUGCAGGGAGAGGACUCUUCACUAAAAGUACUUCUAAAAGACCCUUCUUUUUACAUCUUUACCCUACUCUUUUUUACUAUCUCUCUCUCUCUCCCUCCAUCACUCCAUUCUUCUUUUCCCCACGUCUCAUUAUUAUUCUGGGUGCAUUGGUGAGGUGAGACUGUGUGGACUGGACUGAAUUUCCCAUAGCUCUCCACUAGGUGGAGCUGUUUUGAAUGGAGGUGGAUCCCACACUACACUACACGACACUACAGUGGACUGUGGACCUCGCAUUACACUACAUGUGCUAACAGUGGACUGUUGCAGUACAUUGAUAUGGUCAUGGUUGCAGACUUGUAUCACUUGUACACUAUCACUAGCAGCCUGUGCAUGAAAAUAAUGGUGAUGAUGAUGGUGAUGAUGAUGUUGGUGAUGAUGGUUAUGAACUGAUAAACGUUUGCACAAGGCACCCCAUAAAAUACACUGAUGAAAUGAUGCGGUGAAGUAUUAGAUAUAAAAAAGUGUGUGUAUGCGUGUAUGUGUGCUCAUGUGCGUGUGUGUGUGUGUGUGUGUGUGUGUGUGUGUGUGUGUGUGUGUGUGUGUGUGUGUGUGUGUGUGUGUGUGUGUGUGUGUGUGUGUGUGUGUGAGUGUAAAACAGAGGUCACCAAUAAUGCAUUGGAUUGAAUUUGAUACUGUAUGAGGAGACACAUCCUCCACACAAUGGCCCCCGCCUUCUCCCUCCGACCCCCCUACUGCUCUCCCACAAUGGGUGUGCGCUGAGACAAUCCUGAAGACAAGACAGAGGCGCCUCUCCUUCAUAAUAAAGCAGCCUACAGUAUGGAGUGGCACGUCUGUGUCAUAAUAAAAGCGGUCUACAGUAUGGAGUGGUGAUUACUUCAUAAUAAAAGCAUCCUACAGUAUGUGUCCACCUCCGGCUGGUGAAUGGCGCUACCCUGCCCUGCCCUCGGCUGCCUUACCUGCGGUGGCUUUACACCACCGCACAGUACAGUAGGUGGACAUGUGUGAAUUUAGCAGUGGACAAUUUGUUUUUUUAUUGUUAUUAUUUUUUAUUUUUUACAUAUAUAUUCUGAAGAUGUGAAAGCAUAAGCAUUAUGAUAUACAGCCUGGUUGGUUAUCCCUGUGGGAACGUUGGUGUAAAAUAAGAAGAGGUCUCAGGUCUUCAUCUUGGAACAUAAUAAAAAAAAGUAAUUUAAAAAAAGACAUCUGUGUGAAUUUUGAAUUUUUGACUGUGAAUUUGUCAGUGAAUGCUACCAUUACAUUACACUUACGGUAUUACAAGGUAUUGGUUACAGUCCCUGGAGCAGUGUGGGGUUGGGUGCCUUGCUCAAGGUUCACACUUCAGUCUUGGAGUGAGGAAGGGAGAGGUAAGGGUGGGGGUUAAACCAGCAACCCUCGGAUCUACAGUUGAACUCCUUAACCGUUAGUCCACGGCUGCCUCCAGGUAUUCCAAUGGUGGUGAUGCCUACCCAUAGAGGUAGAAAAUAACACUAGAGAGGACACAGCAAUUUGCGACAGCACUGGAAAAUGGCAGCUGGAGCUUCCC